AGGCCUGCGCGCGCGCGCGCACACCAUUGUGUGGCUGACUCGGCCGCAGCUGCGGUGUGAGGCGCGUGUUCGGGCCUUCGCCGUCCCCGCACCCGCACCGCAGCCCUGCCCCGCGGCCCGCCGCACCUCAGCUAGCCCCCGGGAGCCCACCCGCCACGGCCAUGCCGCGCGUCUACAUAGGACGCCUGAGCUACAAUGUCCGCGAGAAGGACAUCCAACGCUUUUUCAGCGGCUACGGCCGCCUCCUCGAAAUCGACCUCAAAAAUGGGUACGGUUUCGUGGAGUUCGAGGACUCCCGCGACGCCGACGACGCCGUUUACGAGCUGAACAGCAAGGAGCUGUGCGGCGAGCGCGUGAUCGUAGAGCACGCCCGGGGCCCGCGCCGCGACCGCGAUGGCUACAGCUACGGAAGCCGCAGUGGUGGAGGUGGAUACAGCAGUCGGAGAACUUCUGGCAGAGACAAAUAUGGACCACCUGUUCGUACAGAAUUCAGGCUUAUUGUAGAAAAUUUGUCUAGUCGUUGCAGUUGGCAAGACUUAAAGGAUUUCAUGCGGCAAGCAGGAGAGGUGACUUAUGCAGAUGCUCACAAAGAACGCACAAAUGAGGGUGUAAUUGAAUUUAGAUCCUACUCUGACAUGAAGCGUGCUUUGGAUAAACUGGAUGGCACAGAAAUAAAUGGCAGAAAUAUUAGGCUUAUUGAAGAUAAGCCACGAACAAGCCAUAGGCGCUCUUACUCUGGAAGUAGAUCCAGAUCACGCUCUAGAAGAAGGUCACGGAGUAGGAGUCGCAGGAGCAGCCGCAGUAGAUCUCGAAGUAUCUCAAAAAGUCGCUCCCGAUCUAGGUCACGGAGCAAAGGUCGAUCCCGAUCCCGCUCAAAAGGCAGGAAAUCCAGAUCAAAGAGCAAAUCUAAGCCUAAGUCUGAUCGGGGUUCCCACUCACAUUCAAGAAGCAGAUCUAAGGAUGAGUAUGGGAAGUCCCGAAGUAGGUCACGUUCUCGGUCCCCCAAAGAAAAUGGAAAAGGAGAUAUAAAGUCAAAAUCCAGAUCCCGGAGCCAGUCUCGAUCCCAUUCACCUCUGCCUGCUCCACCUUCAAAGGCCCGUUCUGUGUCCCCUCCACCAAAAAGAGCUUCCAGGUCCCGUUCUAGAUCUCGUUCAAGGUCCAGAUCAAGUUCCAGAGAUUAACCCUGAACUCUACGUUCUUUGCACACUAUUAACAGAACACUUUCCUACUUGCUUAGGCAGUUACUCUUCCGAGUUUGUACUUGGCCUCUUCUUCAAGAGGAUUUCCUGAAAAGGGAACACAGGAAUUUAAUUUGUGGCCAAAUUUAAUGAGAAAAAGAUGAGGUUUUAAAGUGGUAGUAUGAAGCCCUGUCCCUUCUUUGUAGAAUUAAGAUAAUUUUGAUUUUAUAGCCUUUGAGCCUAAAAUAACUUUUGUAAAGAUUAAGCUCAUUUAGAUUUUUUUUUAAAAAAAACAUAUUGCAGCAGAAUCUGCUGCAGGGUUCUGUUGUUUUGUUUGCUUAUUUUUAAAUUAACUGUUUCAAGCUUUGGAUACUGCAGGCUUUACAGGGAGAACCCAAAUUUUCAAUUAUGUUGGCUUUUUAUAAAGCUUGAGUUAUGUAAGAUUUAAAUAAAAGUUUGCUACCAAGAUGAUUGCCUUAUUGAAUAGGUCACUACUUAGGGCCCUGUAAGUGUUGAUACCUGCCAUUGAUGGAGACAGUGUAAGUUUCACUGAAGUGUAAAAACAAGGCAAGCCUCAGACCAGCAAUAAAUUAAUCAGUUUGGAUAACCUUAA